CUUUGCCGGAUGAGAUACAUCUGCAACAAUCCGCACGAGCACAACAUUUCAUUCAUCAACAGCGCUUCAGAGCUGUGAGGGACAAACUGGUGUUUUAUUAACUCGGUCGCACAGAGAGAACACACAUCCUGGGUCCAUUCCGCGACAGUUUCUCUUUUCAUUUGAGCCGUGCAGCAGAGCAGAUGGACCAGGUAUCCAACCGGUCGGGAGUGGGCAGUGAUGAUAUUACGGAUGAGUCAACAUCCCUGGUGGAUGUCAGGUGGAGCUCUGAAGAAGAAGAGAGCUCUGACUCUCAGGGACAGUGUCUUGCGGCACCUCAAACUCCUCUGCCGACCUACAAACAGAGGUUUGAUGAAUUUAAGAAGUUGUUCAAAGAACUGCCGGAGUCAGAGAGACUCAUAGUGGACUACGCAUGUGCCCUCCAGCGGGACAUCCUCCUUCAGGGACGCCUCUACCUCUCAGAGAACUGGCUCUGUUUCUACAGCAAUGUGUUUCGGGGUACGAAGAUUACACUGACUCUUAAAGACAUCAUGACUAUGACCAGAGAGAAAACAGCUCGGCUGAUUCCCAAUGCCAUCCAGGUCUGCACGAGCACAGAGAAGUUCUUCUUCACUUCCUUCUCAGCAAGAGAGAAAAGUUACCAGGGUGUUUUCCGCAUGUGGCAAAACACACUGUUGGACAAGCCUCUGACCAGCUUGGAGUUGUGGCAGAUGGUCAAACAGCAUUAUGGGUAUGACUUGGGCUUGAGCAAUGAAGAGAUGGAGAGCUUACAGAUAUCAGCAGAAUCAAGCAUGCAGACCAGCCUGAUGGUGAGGGUUGGUGGUGAUGACGGUCCCGGGAUCCCCUCCCUUCACCUCCCUGCGGCGGAGCAUGGGCCCUUAGAGACCUCCACGCCUCAAGGGGAGGACUUGCCUUCCCCUUUUGGCUCACAGAACUCUGGGAACGCGCAGGAUGACUCUCGCAACACACAAUCUCAGCAGCGCAGUCCUGCUCCCUCGCUGGACCGACUCGCCCCAGAACGGGUCUCAAAGCGCUCCUCGCUUUCUCUUGACCUCAACGCCAAUGAGAACGGUGUGUCCGAGCAGAGCGGUUCAGAAAGCAUCGAGGACGUGGAUGAGCGAGUGGGUUUGUCCAAGGUGCAGGGUCGACUUUAUCUAAACAAGGUCUUCCACAUCAGCGCUAACAAGAUGUUUGAGCUGCUCUUCACCGACUCCAGCUUCGUCCGCAGUUUCAUGAACAUCAGGAAGAUAACCAACGCCAGCUUUACUGCUUGGCAAAAAGACACCUCUGGAAACAUGAAGCGUAGUCUGACCUACACAAUCACCAUUAGCAACCCUCUGAUUGGCAAGUUCUCCACCGCUACAGAGAACCAGACGCUGUACAAAGAAUCCAGGGAUGGUCAGUAUUACCUCGUGGACUCUGAGGUAUUCACUCACGACGUUCCCUAUCACGAUUACUUCUACACUCAAAAUCGGUACUACAUCAUAAGUAUCUCGAAGCGGAAGUGUCGACUAAGGGUCUAUACUGAUGUGAAAUACAAGAAGCAGCCAUGGGGUCUGGUCAAGUCCUUUAUCACCAAAAACUCCUGGAGCGGCAUAGAAGAUUAUUUCAGACAUCUGGAAGCAGAACUGCUGGAGGAGGAAGCGGAGAUGAACCAAGGAGGCGGAGACUCUGGGAAGAUGAGUGGGCUUCGGAGGAGGAGGCGGACUUACAGCCGGACUCUGCCAGAGCACAUGAAGCCCAACAAGCAGAACCGGCAAGACCCUGAACAGCACAGAGAUGGCAACAUGGUCCCCAUCGAAAUGAACAGCCCGUACAGAUGGAACACCACAACCAUAGUGGCUGGGAUGAGUGUGAUUUUGCUGAUUCUGACUGUGAUGAAUCUGGGUCUGUUUUACAAGUUGUGGGCCAUGGAGGACGUAGCCCACCGCAUGUACCUGAGCACAAAGCAUCGGCUGAGGGAGAGGAGUGAGGCCAGCUUGGCCCCUGAAUAUGGUCCCAGACAAGGACCAGGUUAUAGGACCACAGAGGAUAUGCAGCUGCUGAAAACUGUACUGCAGGACUCCAUCAACCUUUUAGAACAGCUCCGCAGCUCUCUGGUGGUGCUGCAGCAGAACUUUGCUCUGGCCAAUCGCACAGCAGCACCACAGUGAUGCUCCACACCUGGCGACCACAGAGUGCCUGUCCCCGGCCCUGUGGAGGAAACCGCAGCAGUGAACUGCCUCUGAGGAAAUCCCUGGUAUCCAGUGACGUUGCCAUGUAGAUGUCCCCAGACCCUUGACAUGCCAUGUGUUGCCGGGGGUUACAUGUCCCAAAGCCUGUGGUGAGGCCUCAGUUGCCAGGAUGUUUUUAAGGUUGUGGACUGACUGCUGCAGGGACAAAGUUGCAUCAGAGUCAGCCGCACACGGUGCAGCGGGUUUUGAUUUCUGUAGGGUGCUAUUGUCAGCUCCCUUGACUGGCUUCUUUUUCACUCUUUUCUUGAAUAGUGGUGUUGAAUUUUAGAAAACUUUCCUGAUGUGCCUUCCUAUAUUCUGACGAGCCACAUGCCACACCAAAUGAGCUAUUGUAAAUACUUUUAUUUUUGUUUUAUUCAAAGGAAGUGAAUCAAUAUUAUUUAAACUAUUUUCUCCGUUUUUGCACAUAUUUUAAUUUUUGCACAAGUGCCUUGUAGAUUAGGCUGUGUUUUUACAUAUUUUUUUGGAUUAUUAUUUUUUCCAACAGAAAUUGUAGAAUCAGUAACUCAGAUUUCAAAGUUUGUCCUCUAAUCAUUAUAAAUCAUGUUUUUUUGUAAAUGCAAACUGCAGGAAUGGCUGCAACAUUAAAUUGCAAUUGCAAAAAUAACCUGGACUUUAUAAUAUGGUAUAUGACCCAAAUCUGGUGUUUUUUUUUCAAACCACAUAUUUGAUACAUAUGAUUCAUUCUCUUCCAGUUCCAUCCUGAGCUGAUUAAAGGGCUGCCCUGUAGAUUAAGUAGGCCAAACAACGGUGACAUGGCUGAUUUAUCCUUACCACCUGUACAUGUGUAUUCAGUUUUAUGUACCUUCUUUUUCCUCUUCCUUUUCUGCUCUGAGCCAAGUAAAAAUGUAAGUACUUAUUCACUCUGAUGUUAUUUCAAUAAAGGUGAAGUCUCAGUGAGACUACCUCAGGUUAUCUCAGUACUGUGCACUCAAACUGUCAACACCAGAUGCAAGUUUAUUCUGUGGUUUCCAAAUUGACAUGAACACUAUAGUUAUUUAUCAAUUGUUGUGACACACCACUACAAUUUCCUUGAGCCUUGUUUGAUGUUUAUAGUGUUGCCAUCACCCUUGUCUGUGUGCAUCAUGUUGUUCAGCUGUUUUCACUUUAAACCACUUCUGCAAGCGACCACUUGUUUAAAAUUGGUUGCUGUUUUGUACUUUUUUAACAAGAUGUUUUGCCAGAAUCCUUACUUCUGCUGCAAACGAUUAUUGUCAUUAUCGAUUAGUCUGACAAUUAAUUUUUCAAUUAAAUGUUAUUGUCUGUAAAAUGUCAGAUGUUUUAUGAAUGUCAAUAAAAUGUUAGUGUAAGAAAGUGUGAAAAUGUCCAUCACAGUUUACCAGAGCAGCUGACAUAUUUUAAUGUCUUGUUUGACCAACCCAAAAAGAUUGUUUUACUAUCAUAGGCGAGAAUGAAAACCAGCAAAUAUUAACAUUUCAGAAGCUGGAACUGGUGAAUUUUAGGUAUUUUUAAAGUUACUAAAAUGAUAAAUCAAUUGUUUCAGAUUAAUUUUCUGUAUUGUUGGUCAAUUGAUUAAUUGUUCCAGCUAUACAAUACACUAAUGGGAAAGACUGCUGAAUCUUAAUUAUUAAAUAUUAUUUAUAUGACUGCCCUUCAUUAAUGAACAUCAUUCAUGUCUUCUUUUUCCAAACACAAGUGUACAUCCACAUAUGUUAUGUGUCACACAGCUUUAUUAUUAUUAUAACUAUAUUGCUCUUCUUUAAGAGUAUGUCUGGACUAAAAGUACUAGAUUUUAUUCUGUUAAAUCAGGAUUACUGAUUCUUUUUUUAGUAUUGUUGCUAGGAAGAACUGCACUUUAUGUACUACUGUAUGCUGCUGCUGGAAACAGAAGUGGAAAACUAAAUGGGAGUAAAGCCAAA